UACUCUCUCUUCGUAUACUUCACCAAACUUCUCUUACUCUUCACUCCAAACCCACCCAAUCCCCUUAUCCUCUCACAAAAACAAAGACUUUCUUCCCCAAAGCAGCAGCAGCAGCAGCAGCUCCCCUAAAACCCUCUAAUGGCUUCUGCUAAUGCUAUCUCCACUGCCUCUAUCAUCCCUUCUCCUUCUAAACAGGGGGCAUUGAAGAACAGGAGGGUCAACCAAUUGCAGGGACAUAAAUUCAGCAACAGAAAUGCAAAGAACAACCGGUUUGUAGUCAAGGCAUGUGCUAAAGAAAUUGCCUUUGACCAGAAAUCUAGGAGUGCCCUUCAGGCUGGUAUCGAUAAGCUCGCUGAUGCUGUCGGUCUCACUCUUGGUCCCAGGGGGAGGAAUGUAGUGUUGGAUGAAUAUGGCACCCCAAAGGUGGUUAAUGACGGAGUUACAAUUGCUCGUGCUAUAGAGCUACCUGAUGCUAUGGAAAAUGCUGGCGCUGCCCUUAUCAGGGAGGUUGCAAGCAAAACUAACGAUUCAGCCGGUGAUGGAACCACGACUGCAUCUGUUCUUGCUCGCGAAAUCAUUAAACUUGGUCUAUUGAGUGUUACAUCUGGUGCAAAUCCAGUGUCUUUGAAGAAGGGCAUUGACAAGACUGUACUGGGUUUGAUUGAAGAGCUAGAAAAGAAGGCUAGACCUGUUAAAGGUCGUGAUGACAUCAAAGCUAUUGCUUCGAUCUCUGCUGGAAAUGAUGAAAGCAUUGGCACCAUGAUUGCGGAUGCAAUUGACAAAGUCGGUCCAGAUGGUGUGUUGUCCAUCGAGUCAUCCUCCUCCUUUGAGACAACUGUUCAUGUUGAAGAAGGAAUGGAGAUUGAUAGAGGAUAUAUUUCCCCACAAUUUGUCACCAACCCUGAGAAAUUAAUUGUUGAGUUUGAGAAUGCUAGAGUCUUAGUUACGGAUCAGAAGAUCUCGGCUAUCAAGGAUAUUAUCCCCCUAUUGGAAAAGACAACUCAGUUACGCUCUCCUCUGCUCAUUAUUGCUGAGGAUGUCACCGGGGAAGCUCUGGCUACUCUUGUCGUGAACAAGCUGCGGGGUAUACUGAAUGUUGCCGCCAUCAAAGCUCCUGGAUUUGGUGAAAGGAGGAAGGCUCUUCUGCAAGAUAUUGCCAUUGUGACAGGGGCUGAGUACCAAGCAACUGACCUGGGCCUGCUCAUUGAGGGUACCCCAGUUGAAGCACUUGGAAUUGCCAGAAAGGUGACCAUUACCAAGGAUUCAACAACCAUCAUUGCUGAUGCAGCAUCGAAGGACGAGAUACAGGCUAGGAUUGCUCAGCUCAAAAAGGAGUUGUCCGAGACAGACUCGGUUUAUGACUCCGAGAAACUUGCUGAGAGAAUCGCCAAGUUGUCUGGGGGUGUUGCCGUCAUCAAGGUCGGAGCUGCUACAGAGGCUGAGCUUGAGGACCGCAAGCUUCGCAUCGAGGAUGCAAAGAAUGCAACUUUUGCUGCAAUCGAAGAGGGAAUAGUACCUGGUGGUGGUGCUGCCUUUGUUCAUCUAUCAACUUAUGUCCCUGCCAUUAAGGACAAGCUCGAAGAUGCAGAUGAAAAGUUGGGAGCUGACAUCAUUCAAAGGGCAUUAGUAGCACCAGCAUCUUUGAUAGCCCAAAAUGCUGGAAUUGAAGGGGAAGUAGUAGUGGAGAAGGUAAGGGAAGCUGAAUGGGAGAUGGGUUAUAACGCGAUGACAGACAAAUACGAGAAUCUUGUUGAUGCUGGAGUGAUCGAUCCAGCCAAGGUGACAAGAUGUGCAUUGCAGAAUUCAGCAUCAGUUGCAGGAAUGGUACUUACAACACAAGCCAUUGUGGUCGAGAAGGCAAAGCCUAAGGCAGCUGCACCUGCUGCUCCACAAGGGCUCUCAGUGUGAUCCACCAUGACAAUAUUUGGUAGGAAUUUUUGUUGGUGUUGAGAUGAACUUUGACGCGGGGGGCUGUCUUGUUAGGGAAGAUGACUAGUGUAGAACUAGAUGAGUGCAUUAUUAAAUUUUUAGCUGGCUUUUCAGCUUUUAGUUCUCACAGUUGAAACUUGCAUUAAAGCAAUAUUGCUGCUCAUUCUGGUACCAUAAAGGCAAUCUUCUAUCUUUUGGAAUGGAUAAAAGUCUUAGUUAUUCAUGUUCA